AUGAUGAUUUCCGAUCUUCCACACGAUUUGGAAUCGGAAAUACUCUCUAGGGUUCCGGCGAAGUCCCUAGCAAAAUGGAAGACUACUUGCAAACGAUGGUAUGCUUUAUUCAGAGAUCCGAGUUUCGUCAAGAAGAACUUUGAUAAAGCAGGAGGAAGGGAAAUGAUAGUACUGAUGAAUUCUAGGGUUUAUUCAAACAGCGUCAAUCUCCAAGGGAUUAACAAUAGAUUUGAUCCAAGUAUGGAGGUUACAGGUAAACUCAUCAAGCUAAAUGAUUCAAAAGGUGUCGAUAUUUCUGCUAUCUUUCACUGCGACGGUUUGAUAUUAUGCACUACGACGGAAAGCACUGGACUUGUGGUUUGGAACCCGUGUACCGGUGAAAUUAGAUGUAUCAAACCCAGAAUAUUUUACCGGUGUAAUGAUAGGUAUGCUCUUGGUUACGGAAACAGCAAAUCUUCUUGCCAUAGCUACAAAAUCUUGAGGUCUUGCUGUUAUUACGUCGACCAGAACCUCAGCCUCAUGGCUGCUGAGUUUGAGAUCUAUGACUUUAGCACUGAUUCUUGGAGAGAUCUUGGUGACAUCACUCGUGACAUGAUCGUAUAUUCCAGUGGCGUGUCUUUGAAAGGAAAUACUUACUGGGUUUCUGGAUCUAAAGAAAAAGGUUUUUUCAUGCGGUAUUUUGAUUUUAGCAAAGAGGUAUUUGGGCGUCUCCCUCUUCCAUAUCAGAGUUUUAAUGCUAACCAUACCGCGGCUCUAUCAGCUGUUGGGAACGAAAAAAUCGCCGUGUUGCAACAAAAAAUUCUUGCAAUGUCAGAUGAGAUGAGGAUUUGGGUCACCAAUAAGAUUGAUGAGGCCAAAGACUUGUCGUGGAGCAACUUUCUCUUAACAGUGGAUUAUGGUAAAUUUAAUUUACCAUGUCUAGUGAAUGUGACAAGCUUCUUGUUGGACGAGGAGAAUAAAGUGGCAGUGUGUUCUGACGUAGACACGAAAGAUGGACUUAGGAGCAGAAUCUACAUUGUGGGAAAGGAUUUCUAUAAAGAAGUUUUUAAAGAUACAAGGGGAUCAGAUAACAAUUGGCCACUUCUCCUCUGUUAUGUUCCUAGUUUGGUUAGCAUUCAGGAAAAUAUACCCAACAAGGCAGAAGAAAAUGAAAUCAAAGGAGGUUAGUCAAUUAUUUUCUAUUUAGUUUAGAAACACGAAGGAACUGGAUGAAGUUUUUCACAUGUCCUUCUUUUACUUUUGAAAUUGGACGGUUGGUUUAUUGAUCUUUACACAAAUACAGUAAUGUUCUGCUUAUAUGUAUCCACUUUCACAUCAUUUGAUGGGUCGUCUUGGAGAGAGAAUAUCAUCAGGUAAGUAGAAUCUUUAUUCAGUGAAACCAUUUAAUCACAACUAUAUAUUUAAGAUGGUUAAUCUCCUGAUC